AUGAAGCCGUCACUACAUUUCGUAUAACCGAAAUUCUAUAAAAUUUUAAUUUUUAUACCCUUUUCCUAGGAAACCAAACGCUGUAGCAGUUUUUACACUUUUCUUUUAAAAUUUUUCUCAGAAAAGAAUGGACGGCUCUUCCUGAUUGGUUAUAAGGCUAUUAGGCUACAACAGCAACAUUCGGUCGCCAUGUUGACAACAAUUUUUCGACGAGAUUUACGUUGUGUGUUGUCUACGUCGAGCAAAUUUGCAAUUCUAUCGCAGCGCUCCAAGUUUAUUUCGCAGUUACAUUGAGACAUUGCCAGUGGUUCCCAAUAGCUGUGUUUGAAUCUUUAUCAAUUAAAACUACCAUUCAUUUUCUGCCGAGUGAACGUGAUACUUCAACGACUCAGAUAUUCGGUGGUUGAAAGCAGUCAAAACACUGAGCGACUCCCAAACGCAGCAGGAGUUUAUUGAGGACCUAAAUGCCGGUUCUGCAAGGAAACAUGAAAGCAUUGAACUUUUGAACAUUCUGUCAUUUUCAUAAUUCAGGGUUGUUCUGCAGAAAGAAUUGCAGUUUCACAAGCAACUCAAUACAUGCCAUGGCACUGGUAAACGGUGAUGAAAGUAAUUCGAAAUAUGGUGCUGUUUCCGAUUGUGGCAUUGCAAGAUUCCACAGUGCAGCUGUUCCUAUUAAACAGCCACCAGUAAAUGGAAAAACUUUUAACAGCAAUGGUUCCUCUUCAAGUGUAUCAAGUUUCAGGUUGAGUGUGGGCAGUGGAAGUAGUGGAGAAACAGACAUUCAGUAUAUUAAACCCUCAGAACUAUUCCCGAAAAAAUUAGCCUGGGUUGAAGGAGGUUCUGCAAAUACCACACCACCAUUCCCUUUGUUACCAGGAGAAGACAUAGUUUAUGAAGGUCGCGCUGUGGAAGGGACAUUGUACAUUUCCAGUUACCGGCUGUAUCUGUCUAAAACAGUUUCCACAGAAACUUUUGCCAUUCCUCCUGCCUUGUAUCCUCAGAGCAACGUGAAGGAUAUAAAUGUCCCCCUGGGCUUAAUUGAAUCAUUUGAAUGUAAAGACAUUUUCUACAUUAAUUUGUACUGCAAAGACGCUCGAUCGUUUAGGUUGAUUUUUGUCAACGGCGAAUCUGGUCAAGACUGGGUUAAGCGUCUAACGCAAAGCUUGAAUCUCCCUCGAAAGCCCGAAGAGGUCUUCUCGCUGGCAUUUUGCGCAUGGACUCGCGAUGACGAUGAAAAUCAUUCAGCGAAGCCGGUAGUAAACCAAACUUUCCCAUGGUGGCGUAAGCUGUCGAAUUACGAUCAGCCGUUGACAGGAGAAAAAUUAUUCCGAUUUGAGGUGCAGCGCCAAGGUUAUGACGACACCGUAACCUGGCGAAUCAGCUCGGCCAACAGCGACUUCAAGCUGAGUCCAUCUUAUCCAACCCAUUUGCUUGUACCAACUUCCAUUUCAGAUGAUAUGCUAGAAGCUGUGGCAGCGUUCCGCAGUGCCCGCCGUUUACCGGCCGUUGUCUGGCGGCACAAGCGAAAUGGGGCCGUUCUCGGCCGCUGCUCCCAGCCAGAAGUCGGAUGGCUUGGUUGGCGAUCACAGGAGGAUGAAACCCUACUUCUCUCCAUACUCAAUUCAUGUUUUUACGACAGCGCCAACAAUCCUCUAAGAUCACGCCAUCCAACACCGAACAAAGAAAUCAAUCCGGCAAAUGAAGAAUGGAACAGUGAAGGGUCACUUUCUAUUUCGAACGGUAGCUCUGCCAACAUCGAGUGCGGUUCCCUGAAAGAUCUGAGUGAAGAUUCUUCUUGUUUCACUCAAGGCAACAAAAAGAAAAUGCUUAUUGUGGAUGCGCGCAGUUAUGCAACUGCUGUCGCCAACAGGGCACGGGGUGGAGGCUGCGAAUUCCCUCAAUAUUACCCACAGUGUGAUAUAGAGUUUAUGAAUCUUGCCAACAUUCAUGCGGUGCGGAAGAGCUUCCUGCUUCUUCGUGCACUUUGUCAAUCAGCCAAUAGCAAUACGGCUACCACCGAUCAAUCUAAUUGGUUCACACAAUUAGAUUCAACGCGAUGGCUUCAUCAUAUGGCAAAUUUGUUGCGAGCCUCGUGGUACACAGCCGUUAAUUUGGAGGAACAUGGUCGACCUGUGCUCGUCCAUUGCAGUGAUGGCUGGGAUCGGACACCCCAGAUUGUUUCAUUGGCUCAGAUUAUGAUCGAUCCUUUCUAUCGGACCAUUAAGGGUUUCCAAAUUCUUGUUCAGCGAGAGUGGAUAGAGUUCGGUCACAAGUUUGCUGAUCGAUGUGGGCUUCUGGGAGGUUGCGAGGAUACCAAUGAGCGUUGCCCCGUCUUUUUGCAGUUUCUCGACUGUGUCCACCAGCUGAUGAACCAAUUUCCUACGGCCUUUCAGUUUAACCACGCUUACUUAGUCAAAAUGGUUCAGCAUGUUUACUCGAAUCUUUUUGGAACUUUUCUACUCAACACCGUCCAGGAUCGCACAAUCCAUCGGAUCGCAGAACGUAGCCAUAGCCUUUGGAGCUUUUUGCUUCAAAAGAGCAACGAAUAUGCUAACCACUUGUACGAGUUCACAGAAGAGCCGUUGUGGCCAUCCUAUCAAGUUCGUGAUUUAUACUUCUGGUCAGCUGUUUACACCGCCGACUUAGGUAGUAACACACCAAAUGGUUGUCAGGCUGAAGAUUUUCGUGGAAAUUCCCCUACUGUUAAUCUGAAUACCAGCAGUAGCAGUCCCUGUAGCAGUGGGUAUGCCACCCCGCAGCAAACAGCCUUGACUGAUAGCAUGGUCGAUAAUUUAGCAUGGAAAAAUCUAAACAUGAAAGGUCCAGUACGGAACACAAUGGAAGAUUCCACUGACACACUUGUUGACGAUGGACAUAAACCAAUUGCAUCGCUAGAUCAAGCAGAUGGGGAUAUGGAAGCUGGGGAAUGUUUUCCGCUGCUGGAACCAGAGCCUGUAAAAGAAUGUUCCAGUAGGGAACAUCAGGAGGCACACAAUUUAGUGAGCCACUUUCAUUCAAAGGAACAAUUAUCUCCCAUAGGAGAACCAAUUUCCUUGCCGCAUGUUCUAGCCAGUGAAGACGAUGGAGAAGAAUCGGACACUGAUCGUCAACAUCCUUAUCAUAGUGAUUGUCCGACAUGCCAGAAAAAUUGGGAUCUCCUUAAUCGCGGUCAGAUGCAAGGUAAAACUGGUCAGUCAAUUAAACAUAAUGAUGGAGAACAAAAAUCAACGCCGGAAACUACUACACGGCCUGGUUACUCAACUCCUACGUGCCUUAGCUUUGAUUUGGAUGGUCUUCUUCCAUCCGUUGAUCGUCAACAAGUUCGCUUAGGACAGAUCCUAGCUGCAAAAGAUGCAGAGCUAGAAGCUCUUCGCCGUGAUUUACAUCAGACUCGAGUAGCGCUUUGUCGUCAGGUCUGCCAUACUUGCCAAUCAAGUAGAAAGACUUGUUCGAAGUCUAAUUCGGAAGGUUUGAUUGAAGUGUCUUGUCACGAGGGAUCGCCUGGUAGAAAUGAAAGUUCUGACGGUUCGCUCGGCGGGUUGAAAAGUUCACCAUCAUCGUGGGAAAAUGUUGACGAAAAAGAAAUAGGAGAUAAGGCUCCAGUUGGUCCACCGAUCCUGUGGGUGCCAGACCAUCUUGCGCCCACAUGUAUGAGAUGUAGUACCACCUUCUGGAUUGCGAGAAGGAGACAUCAUUGCAGGAAUUGCGGGAAAGUGUUUUGUUCUGAUUGUGCCGAUCGCGAUUUGCCCCUUCCACAUCAGAACUUAUUCCAGCCCGUCCGAGUAUGUAAUGUGUGCUACGAUUCCUUAAAUGGAGAUAAUGAAGACGAAGAAAUCUGUUCGAGACCGCCCCAAGAACAGGAGGGUUUUGCAGCACCGAAAUCACAUGUAAUGGAAAGAGCCUUCAGCCUUUCCAGCUUAGCCACCGGUUCCUGUGCCUGCCAUUGUUGUCAACUUAAACGGCCCAACAAAUUUAAAGCUGUAACAGCCGGAUCUACCUAAAAGGUUUCAAAUCAAUCAACUUCCUUAUAGGAAGAUUGCAACAUAACUCCAACUAAAAAUAGUCAUAAAAAGCAAAACUGUUGAAUUAAAUUGGCUCGAUUUGGUUUGUCACGUGCGCAGAAUUUUGCUCAAAGUCCGGCCCGUUCAUAGUUUCCCAUUGGGACACUUGAUUUAGCUAGGGAGCCGUAAAGGGCCAGUUUAAGUGAGACAGAAGGAUAUGUACGUGUCAAACCGACAGCAUAAGUGGCUAUGCUAUAUUAUAUUCUCGAGACCAGUUGUAGAUUAAAAAUUCGCGAUCCAUUCGGAACUUUCCAUGAGUAACUAGUACGUUCAUUCUAUGGUUUGACGUCACAAUUGUUACCAAAAAAUUUUUAACAAGUAGCAAAUUUUGUGUUUGCAUUCGGUGUUGAAUCAAUUCCUAGUCUUGAAUUCGUCGAUUUUUAUAAAUUGUAUUCGGUAAAUGACCAGGUCGUGACUGAGUUGUGUAAAAGAAAGCGUUGAAUGAAGCACAUUACCGGCGUAAGGUAACCUGGAUCAGUUAACGUGUUGCGACGUCCUGCUGUUGUGAUAUGUGGCGAACCGAUUCGUAUGGGAGGAAGGGGGGGGUCGUAGAAAGCAGGGAGGUGAUUAUAUUGUUCGAAUAUGAAACUUUAGGGUUCACCUUCAGACGACAUUUAAAUGUGAAUUAUGAAAAUAAGGAUCGGUCUUCAUUAGAUAGCACUAUAUUUCCCACAUUCUUUCUUUAUAUACUAUUAACUACCUUACUGACUAAAAUUCAUAAGAAAUGCUCUACUCCCUUUCAAAGAAAGCAUAAUGGCUAAGAGUUUUCUAAUUCAUUCAGAACGUAGCAAAUUUAUAAGUCCCGGAAUGGUGAUUUUGCUGUUUUCUAAAUGGUGUAAGACAUGUUAUCAUAUAAUCCGAAUAAACGUUUAUGGGUUCUUCUGCCAUGAAGUGCCACAGCUAAUAAA